CGCUUGGGUAUAAAGUAUCCAUCCUGUCAUCUCAACUGAGAUGUGUUACUACGAGAGAGUUGUUUUCGUUGCCUGCGGUCACGAGGAUAAACGACUCGUCCAGCACUGCCACUUCGCUCGCAACGAUCCGAAUCAUCAAUGUUUCGGCGCUUGGAACUAUCGACGACAAUGGGUGGAACACGAAACUGAGUGUGAUAGCUGCACCAGACAACGACGACAGCUGAAGGCUCACGACUCCGCCGUCUGUAUGAGCUUGGAUCGCACCGACAGCCCUAUGGGUAGCCAAUAAAUUGUCGUAUAUUCAAUCUUCGACGACCAGCCGUUGGCAUCGCCGCCAGGAGAGGCUAACCGCACGUUUACAAACCCGAGCUGGGCGGCAGUCUCGGGUUGAUGACGACGAUUUGCCGCUUCGGCACAAUUUGUCGCGAAAGGAUUUCUGGGUGACAUCGCCU